UUGCUGCUGCUGCUUGCGGGCAAAGUAUCUACCUUUUAAAGAUGACUCGUUUGUGGACGUGAAGCAAGAGGAGCACUGAAGAACGAUGCAGGGAUGUUCUUACACAACUUCUGGGAUGCUUUAUAUUGUGCAAUUGUGCAACUGCAACUGAUUUUUAUUUUUCUUAGAGACCGAAGUUUGAGAAUUAGAAUGAAGCAGAAAGAUAUCUUUGCAUGUCACAGAACGAAAACAUCCACGAGCGUUUGUCUACACCUGAUGCUGGAGCUGACAGAAAUCAUGAAGCGCAGAAAAUACUGCUUUAUUUUCAAAAUAUGAAAACAUAUGUCUGCUGGGAUGGAGCGCAGCGGUCAUUUCAAACCAACACCUGGCCAUUUCGAGGUUUUAAACGCCUCGACCGGCACCAAUGUAACUUUAACGCCUAAAACGGACGAAAAAGAAGAAAGUUUCGCGUUCCAAGUCACCUUAGCGUCAGUUCUCGGUCUCAUCACUCUCGCGACGAUAUUAAGCAAUGCGUUUGUCAUCGCCACCAUUUCCCAAUCCAGAAAGCUCCAGACACCGGCGAACUUCUUGAUCGCGUCCCUGGCCGUCACGGACCUUCUGGUGUCGGUGCUCGUGAUGCCCAUUUGCGUGCUGUACACGGUCACGCACGUGUGGUCGCUUGGGCAGGUUAUCUGCGACAUCUGGCUGUCCUCAGAUAUCACCUGUUGCACCGCGUCCAUUCUUCACCUCUGCGUAAUCGCUUUGGAUAGAUACUGGGCUAUAACGGACGCGGUCGAGUAUGCCAAGAAACGCACCCAAGCGCGCGCCGCGGGGAUGGUGGCGACCGCCUGGAUCAUUGCCAUCUCCAUCUCCCUGCCGCCUUUCUUCUGGCGGCAGGUGAAGGCAGGGGAGCUCACCACCUGCUCGGUCAACACAGACCACAUCUUCUACACCAUCUACUCCACUUUUGGAGCUUUCUACAUCCCUACGCUGCUGCUCAUCGCCCUGUACGGCCGGAUUUACGUGGAGGCGAGGAAGCGCAUUUUGAAGCAGUCGCCCAAAAAAGCGGGGAAAAGACUCACUUCGGCACAUCUGAGCACUAAUUCUCCCGCUUCGGUGGCUUCGACUUCUCCUUUGCAUUGUGGAAGGCAAGACCUGUACUCGGACAGCGGGUCUCUGGGCAGUGACAAUCAAAUUAGAGUAACCGUGUCCGAUUCACUUCUGGAGAAAAAGAGAAUCUCGGCUGCGCGGGAGAGGAAAGCCACCAAAACCCUGGGCGUUAUUUUAGGAGCCUAUAUUGUGUGCUGGUUGCCGUUUUUCAUUUACACACUGCUGGUUCCCCUAUGUCCAUCCUGCUUUUACGCAGAACUCUUUGACUUUUUCAAUUGGCUUGGCUAUGUCAACUCACUGAUAAAUCCAAUAAUAUACACCAUGUCGAAUGAUGACUUUAAAAAAGCUUUUCACAAACUCAUAAGCUUUAGAUGUUGCAGACGACAGUAAAAUAGAUACAUAAGUAUAAUAACGGUCAGUCAGUCGGUCAUUAUCUCAAGUGAUAUCGCAACGCUGUUGAAUGCUUGAUUCUGAUUGGUUGACAGACAUUCUAAGGUGUUGAUUGUUGUUCUGCACCUGCAGGGAUUUGAAGCCGUUCCAGUUCAUUACAGUCCCGUGUCAUUAUUUCAGCAUUUUUUUCAGCAUAGAACAUAAAAUCAGACAAAUACACGGCCAACAAAUAAAUGACAGACAGCAGGAUCAAAAUGACAAACUGUUUCGAUUUUGUUUAAACUAAUUAAUCCAAUAGCCUCGCUGUUUGUAAUUAUGUUGCUGCCUAUUAACAUUGCCGAGAGCCGCAGCAGACGCAGGUAAUCACACGCGCGCUCCCUCCCUCUCGCUUUCUCUGUCACAAACACAACCUUGGUUACUCCAAUAACUGCUUCGAAACAGCCCAAGCCUUGGUUACUAGUUCAAAAAGUGACACUUUAGAAUUAAUAAGGUAAGAAGAAGAAAAAAAGAGUGUUUUGAAAGAGAUUGAAGUAGUUAAAUGCAUUAAAAAAAACUAACAUGGUAGCCAUUGUGUGAGAUAAAUGAUUAACUCCAGAUUCAAGUCCUGGCAUAUGGGAAAAAUUACCAUGUGACUGCAAAUUAUUCAACUUAUUAAACGGUUACUUUACCAGUGACGGCUUUACGUGUGAAACGUAAUACAGUUUUCUUUAAAAAUCGUACUUUUUCGAAGGAUUCACAUCAUAUUCAUAGGAAAUUGCCAUCUCCUGAGUCCUAAUAAUGACCGUCUGACUGCACAUUAUAUCACUACUUGAGAAAAUAAAUGAAUGAUUGAAUACAUAAAUGAAUAAGUAAAAGAACAUGAAAUGAUUACAGAGUUGAUAUUCUAUUAGUUUACUUAUAGAGACGACAAAGACAAAACAUGAGCACAGAUACACAGGAAACAGGGUUCUUAGAUGAGCAGUCAAUCAGACUGACCAAUCAGAAUCAAUAAUAAUAAUAAACUUUGUUAUGUGGGCCUCAGUUGACAUAGUAUACGUAGGCUACUCUUUCAAAACUGAGCAGAAUGUACAAUGACUUUGGAUUUCGUAAUAGUGCUUUGACAGCUUGUCGUCAACUGGUCGUUAAUUAAUAACGCAAAAUUGUGUAAAAAGCUUUAUUGUCUUUAUAAAAUGUGCAAUUCAAUUGGUCUUA